AUGGAUCAGGAGCCGCCAGUAUCGCAGGUGAGCUCGCAUUUUCAGAUUGAGCCCAUCUCAGGUUCCACGCUAUGCAAUCUAGAAGAUGCCAGGAGACAUCAAAUCAACAGACGAGGGACCCUCAGGACUGGAUGUACGGAGAUUGACGAGCAGGUGCUGGUCGACGGCUUUGAGCGUGGCGCCGUGGUGGGAAUCAGUGCCGAAGAAAUCGACUUUGGACUUGUGCUUUCUCUUCAAACGAUUGCCCAUGACGUGGUCCAUGGCCGGCAUGGAGCGCCAGCCCUGAGCAGAGCUGCAAUUAUCACUACACUUGCACCGCAGGCUAUUCUACCUACUCUGAGAGAUAUCGUCAAGUCGCAAGUGCAGAGAAAGCUGGGCACCGGCCAUGCCAAUGUCAACGCUCAAGUCCGCGGAUGCUUGGAGCGCAUCUCGGUAUCACGAGUCUUUGAUAUAGAGGGUCUGUGGGAAGUGUUGAGCGAACUGGAGCUGGAAAGCCCAGCGUUUUUGCCAGAAAUGAACACGGAAGCGAUAAGAGAAGAAGAAGAGGAAGAAGAGAGUGAUGCUGCCGCUGCUCCACAGGAGCCGGAAUCUUCACCGCUUUCUUCGUUAGGGUCAACACCUGAUUAUGAGCUGCCUCCACCGUCGAUGGAACAGGUCAGGAGAACCGAAGUCAUGGACAGCGAAGACGAGGGCGACCUAUCCUCUAUAUCUCCUCCCUCAUCAAGUCCAGCCGCGCCGCUUGAACCGGCGGCAGAAAAGGCAGCAUCGCCCAAGCCGGUACCCGUGACCGAAUCAACACCAGUGCACGACCAUGCUCCAGAGGCCAAUGACCGGAUCCCGGGUGCCAUAGUGAUCACCCACUUCUCUACACUGCUAGGCACAUUGUUCGCCCAGCGGGACAAGUCGUCUGCCCACACGACCCUGCAGCUAUUUUCUUCACACCUUCGGUAUCUAGCUCGUUCUUCCGAAUCUCUCAUUAUGCUCCUGAACACGACGACGAAUUCCCCACAUAAUCCCGUCUCCAGCACGACAGUUGCCUCGACCGGCGCGGCUCCUUUGCCAUCAGAUGGCGCGCCCGGCAAGCGCUCUUCAGCAGCAGAGCGACCAAUGGACCCUACACUGCGCUCCAUCUUCAAUCCCCCGCCCCCAUCUCAUGGCGGCUACGGAGCGGGCAGCAUCGCCCUGAGUAAGAAAAACAAGCCUUCCUUUGGUUUGACGUUUUCGCAAUUUCUUGACCUGCAUCUGCUGUGCACUCGCCUGCCCAAGACCCGAGCCGAUGCCGAAGCCGUCUUUGCGCCCACGACGGCAGGGGCAGCAGUUGCUGCUGGGGAUUACACUAUCACGGGCUCUGGGAAGUCUCGAUACGGAUGGGUUGUAGAGGUCUUGCUCGACGAAUCUGGAUUCUGGAGUUCCAGUGGAAAGAGAAUCGACAGGGAGCAGAGAUGGGGCGCUGUGGACGUCCAGGACGGCAUUAGAAUCGUGGACACCUUUGAAAAAGUGCAAAGACCGCCCAAUACCGAAAUGUUUAGAUUAGCUGCUGGAUUUGGGGGUCGUCGGGUAUGA